AGUGAAGGAAGAUCAACCUCUCCAGCACCCAGUGGUUUAUCUAUGAAGAGUGAUCAGUCAAUGAGCCUUCCUCACAACUUUAAAGCUGGAACAGCAUCACAGAAAAGUAAAAGUGAAGGAAGAUCAAACUCUCCAGCACCCAGUGGUUUAUCUAUGAAGAGUGACCAGUCAAUGUCCGAACCUCAUACCCUUAAAGAUGGAAGAACAUCACAGAGAAGUAAAAGUGAAGGAAGAUCAACCUCUCCAGCACCCAGUGGUUUAUCUAUGAAGAGUGAUCAGUCAAUGAGCCUUCCUCACAACUUUAAAGCUGGAACAGCAUCACAGAGAAGUAAAAGUGAAGGAAGAUCAAACUCUCCAGCACCCAGUGGUUUAUCUAUGAAGAGUGACCAGUCAAUGUCCGAACCUCCCACCCUUAAAGCUGGAAGAACAUCACAGAGAAGUAAAAGUGAAGGAAGAUCAACCUCUCCAGCUCCCAGUGGUUUAUCCAUGAAGAGUGACCACUCAAUGAACACACCUAAAUACUUCAAAGCUGGAACAGCAUCACAGAGAAGUAAAAGUGAAGGAAGAUCAACCUCUCCAGCUCCCAGUGGUUUAUCCAUGAAGAGUGACCACUCAAUGAACACACCUAAAAACUUCAAAGAUGGAACAGCAUCACAGAGAAGCGAGGAAAGAUCAAUCUCACCUGCAUCCAGUCAGCGGUCAGUACAACAGUCAAUCAGUUCUAAUGAUGGAAGAACAUCUCAGAGAAGCAUGGAUCAUCUCGACCAAAAAUCUGCUAACAAGCUACAGAAGAAGAUCAAAGAGUUUCUCGUCAACAUCUUUGAUGAGGUGGAGACGAUGAUCAUCGGGUUUGUAAAGCACGAGCUGGAAAUGUUCAAAAAAUUUCUGAGAAAAGAAAACACCAACUAUUACGGGACAAAGACGAAGGAGGAGGAGUUUAAUCUGAGAGACGACGUUCUUAAUAUAACGCUGUUUUAUCUGAAGAAGAUGAAACAUGAGGAUGUCGCAUCUGCUCUUCAGAAUGAACUGACUGGAUUUUACCAGGGUAAACUGAAACUAAGACUGAAAAAGAAGUAUCAGCAUGUGUGGGAAGGAAUUUCUAAGAAAGGGGAGUCCACCGUUUUAAAUCAGAUCUACACGGAUCUCUACAUCACUGAAGGUGGAGCUGGAACUAUAAACCAGGAGCACGAGAUGAGACAAAUAGAAAAGCAGAAAACCAGAAUAACAAAGGAAGCAACUGUAAUGCAGCAGGAGCAACAAAUCGAAUGUCAGAACAUGUUUGAACCACUGCCUGGACAAGACAAGAACAUCAGAACGGUGCUGACACAGGGCGUGGCCGGCAUUGGAAAAUCCAUCUGUGUGCAGAAGUUUGUUCUUGACUGGACUACAGUUGAAAAAUAUCAGGACAUCAGUUUCAUUUUUCCUCUGCCUUUCAGAGAACUAAACUUGAAGAGCGAAAACCACCGCAGUCUGAUGGACAUCAUCUCUGAGUUUUUCCCUGAAACUAAAGGACUGAGGUUCACAGACAGGUAUAAAGUCAUGUUCAUCCUUGAUGGACUUGAUGAAUGUCGACUCCCUUUAGCAUUUCAGGAAAAUAAGACACUGACAGACGCAUCGAUGCCAGCCACACUGGACGUUAUUCUAACCAGCCUCAUCAAAGGAGACCUGCUUCCCUCAGCUCUGAUCUGGAUAACCACUCGACCUGCUGCAGCUGCUAGGAUCCCUGCUGAAUGUGUGGACCGGGUGGCGGAGGUCCGGGGCUUCAAUGAUCAACAGAAGGAGGAGUACUUCAGAAAAAGAAUCAGUGAUGAGAGCCUCGCCAACAAUAUCAUCAAACACAUUAAAACAUCUCGGAGUCUCUACAUCAUGUGUCACAUUCCUGUUUUCUGCUGGAUUUCAGCCACAGUUCUUGAGAAGAUUUUAAAGGAAACAGAAGAUGAAGAGACACCAAAGACCCUGACUGAGAUGUACACCUGCUUUCUGAUCUUCCAGACCAUACAAGAAAACCUGAAGUAUACAAGGAAAAAUGCUUCAGAUAUUCCAUGGAAUAAAGAGGCCAUACUGGGACUGGGAAAGCUGGCCUUCCAACACUUGGAAAAAAACAACCUGAUUUUUUAUGCAGAAGAUCUAGAAGAGUGUGGAAUUGAUGUCAGUAAAAUCUCUGCAUACUCGGGCCUGUGCACUCAGGAAACAAGCAGGUUUGCUGGUACAGUUUUUAGCUUUGUGCAUCUGAGCAUUCAGGAGUUUAUCGCCUCUUUAUAUGCAUACAUGCGUCUCAGAAAUGAAAAUGUGAAUGUUUUUGACCAAGAGUCAGGGAAUACUGAGGAGAAAACUAUGGAACUGCUCAGGACAGCAGUGGACAAAGCUUUGGAGAGCAACAAUGGACACCUUGAUCUUUUCCUUCGGUUCCUUCUGGGUCUCACAGUUGACUAUAAUCAGAAACUCAUACAAGGUCUGUUGAAGUCCAGUGGAAGAAGCUCUGACUGCCAGAAAGAAAUUGCUCAGUACAUCAAGAUGAAGUUUAAUGAAAACCCAUCUCCAGAGAGAUCCAUCAACCUGUUCUACUGUCUGAAUGAGUUAAACGAUGAUACUUUAGUAAAAGAGAUCCAAAACCACUUAAGCUCAGGUCAUUUGUCUGAAGUUGAACUUUCACCUGCACAGUGGUCUGCUCUGGUCUUUGUGUUGCUGACAUCAGAGGAAGAUCUGGAUGUUUUUAACCUACAGAAGUUUAUAAGAUCAGAUGAAUGCUUUAUGAGGCUGCUGCCAGUCAUCAAGGAGUCAAAAAGAGCUCUACUCAGUAGCUGUAACCUGACAGACAGAAGCUGCUCAGCUUUACUCACAAUUCUUAAUUCUGAAUCCAACCUGACCGAGGUGGAUCUGAGCAACAACGACCUGCAGGAUUCAGGAGUAGAGCUGAUAUCUGCUGGACUGAAGAAUCAGAACUGUAAACUGGAGAUACUGAGCUUGAUGAACUGCAGCAUUACAGAUAAAAGUUGUACUGAUCUGAAAUCAGCUCUUGAUGUAAAUCCAUCACACCUGAAAGAUCUGGAUCUGAGUAACAAUCAACUAGGAGAUUCAGGAGUGAUUCAGAUCUCUCAUCUACUGAAGAAUCCACAGUUCAAACUCCACAAACUCACAUUAUCAGAUUGUGGUGUAAGAGAGGAAGGUUAUGCUGCUCUGGCUGAAACUCUGAAAUCAAACCCAUCAUCAGAGCUGAUGGAGCUGGAUCUCAGAGGGAACCAUCCUGGAGAUUCAGGAGUAAAACCGCUCUAUGAUCUACUACAGAAUAAAAAAUCUAAACUGAACACACUGAGCAUAUGCAGGUUCUUAAAGUCUCCUGAAGCAGAAGAAGUCUACACCUCUCUUUAUUCCACUCUGGGUCAGAACCCCUUAAUACUGACCCAGAUGAAGCUGGAGAGGAACCCAGGGGGGGUAUCAGGAGAUUCCAGAGUGAGGCUUCUCUCAGCGUUUCUGCAGGACUCUCACUGCAAACUGCAGAAACUCCAGAUUAAUGACGAUGAUCUAACGAUGGAGAGCUGUUCAGCUUUAUCUGAAGUUCUGAGAUCAGGAUCCUCCAGUCUGAGAGAGCUGGACCUGAGCAACAACAACCUACAGAACUCUGGAGUACAGAAGCUCUGUGAAGGACUGAAGAAGAAAGAGUGUAAACUGGAGGUUCUGAGAUUAUCAGAUUGUGGUGUAGGAGGUGAAGGUUAUGUUGCUCUGGCUGAAGCUCUGAACUCAAACCGUUCAUACAUGAAGGAGCUGGAUCUCAGAGGGAACCAUCCUGGAGAAUCAGGAGUGCAUAAGAUCUGUACCGUAUGUGAGACUGGAUGGCAGAACAAGAAUGAAAUUAAACUGAGACUGUUUAAAAGUCCUGAUGCAGAGGAAGCCUACACCACUCUCAAUCAGAUUCUAGGUAAAAACAUCUUACUGCAGAAGGAACUCCAUCUGAGCUCCAGAAAACUGGAAGAGAUCAAAGUGAAUCAUCUAUCAGCUCUGCUGGAGGAUCCACACUGUACAAUCCAAAACCUAACGUUGUGUGGGUGCAGCUUAACAGAGAACGACUGCACUACUCUGGUUUCAGCUCUCAGUAGAAACCCAUCACACCUGACUGAUCUGGAUCUGAGUGAAAAUCCGAUAGGAAACUCAGGAGUGAAGAAGCUCGUUCCUCUACUGCAGAAUCAUCAAUACAAACUGGAACGACUCAAGUUGUGUGGGUGCAGCUUAACAGAGAACGACUGCACUACUCUGGUUUCAGCUCUCAGUAUAAACCCAUCAUACCUGACUGAUCUGGAUCUGAGUCAAAAUCCGAUAGGAAACUCAGGAGUGAAGGAGCUCGUUCCUCUACUGCAGAAUCAUCAAUACAAACUGGAACGACUUAAAUUAUCAGAUUGUGGUGUAGGAGAUGAAGGUUAUGCUGCUCUGGCUGAAGUUCUGAGAUCAAAUCGUUCAAACAUGAAGGAGCUGGAUCUCAGAGGGAACCAUCCUGGAGAAUCAGGAGUGCAGAAGAUCUGUAGCGUAUGUGAGACUGGAUGGGUAAACAAGUAUGAAAUUAAACUGAGGCUGUUUAAAAGUCCUGAUGCAGAGGAAGCCUACACCACUCUCAAUCAGAUUCUAGGUAAAAACAUCUUACUGCAGAAGAAACUCGAUCUGAGCUCCAAAUCACUGAAAGAGAUCAAAGUGAAUCAACUAUCAGCUCUGCUGGAGGAUCCACACUGUACAAUCCAAAACCUUACGCUGUAUAAAAAAGGCAGCAUUACAGAAGAAGACUCUGCUGGUUUACUUUCAGCUCUGGUUUUAAAUCCUGCUCACCUGAGAGAGCUGAAUCUGAACCAGAAUAAACCAGGAGAAUCAGGAGUGAGAAACCUGUGUGAACUGGUGAAGAACCCUCGGUGUAAACUGGAGAAACUAAAACUGAAUAACUGUAGUAUAACAGAGAAGGACUGUAGAGAUCUGGCUUCAGCUCUGCAGGAUAACCCCUCAUACCUGAAGGAACUGGAUCUGAGUCAGAAUGGACUAGAAAAAUCAGUGAAGCAACUGUUCAGUCUACUGAAACAAUUAAAAAUAAUAUUUGAUAAACGAAGAAGGUUUAGCUUUUUAAGGCGAGGCCAAAAAAAACCUGAUGACCAGCAGACUCCUGAACCCUGCAGCUCCUCUUCAUCACAAAAACCAGCAAAAGAUGAAGAAGCUCAAAACACAGAUGAAGAGGAAGGUUCCUCACUCACUUCAGAGAGUAAAGACAAAUUUUGGUGUGCGUAACCCACUCAGUGUAAUCGGUAAUUCAGGAAUGGUGGAGACCCCCAGGACAGCAGUGGGACAGUAACUCAAAUCCUGUUAAGGGAUUUUAUCUUUUAUUAAUUUUUGCUGUUCCUUAUUGUCUGAUCUUUUAUCAUCGCAAUGAGCUGUGCUAUUAACAAAUGUCUCAACACACACACACACACACACACACGCUACUAUAGCUGUAAAGCUGAUUAUCCAUCUAACAGGCUCCCUCAUCUCCCACUAGACUUUUGUUUUAUUUAUGCUCUAACCAAGGUCCUUCUUGUGCCCAGCUUCUUUCAUUUCAUAAUGAUCACUGUAGACGUCCUUGUAACACUUAAAGCUUAAGAUGUUGUGUUUUUUUUAUAUUCUUGCCCUGAUCUGUGCAUGACUAUAUUAUGACGGUGGUGAUCUACAGACGAUCCCUUGGACUUGGUUCUGUUUUUGUCCUGACGAUGCAGUGUUUAUAGACUCAAGUGUUCCUUUCUGUUAGAUCCUAGUUACACUUAUGUCCAUAUACUUAUGGUAUUAGUCCUAGUAUUUCUACACUUUGCACAGCUUGAAGGCUGAGCAUGCAGUUCUAAAUGGUGUUUAGGCUAGUUUUGUUCUUGUUUAUCAAAACCUUUCUUCUCUCUGAAACUUUCUCAUGUAGUUUAGCCAUCACACACCCACACACACAUUUAUACACACAUAUACACACACAUUUAUACACACUUGUACACACAUUUAUACACACAUGUAUACACACUUGUACACACUUUUAUACACACCCACACACCUUUCUUGUGUUUAUAAAAACUCUAACACUAGUUUUCCUUCAAUAAACAAAGACAUUCAUACUUUGA